AUGGCCACCAACUACACACCCAACAAGAUCCACCAAAUCCCAGCCCGGUCAGGCGUCGCCGUCGCGGUGAAGCAGAACCAAAAGAUAAAAGUCAUUAACACGCACGGCAACCAAGUCAUUGACUUUUGGGCUUUAGCCUUCUCGGAUUCACCAACCUACCAGUACCUCUCAAUGUCGCACUCGCGCGGCGCAAGCCUGCACCUCAGCCCACUCAUCGGCGACACGCUAGUAACCAACAUACGCGCACCACUUCUCAAACUCAUCGAAGACACCACACCGGGCGUGCACGACACGCUCAUCGCAGCGUGCGACCCGGAACGCUACGCCCAGCUGGGCGCCCCCGGCCGCGCCAAUUGUGCGGAUAACUUCUUCCGCGCGGUGCAGCCGUGGGGCGUUGAGCGGGCUGUGUCCGGACAGGUGCCGCCGGAUCCGUUGAAUCUGUUUAUGAAUAUCCCCGUUGUUGCGCGGGAGGGCGGUGGGGAUGGGAAUAGGACGGCGGGUGGAGAGAUUAGAUUUGAGGCGCCGUUGAGUGAGAAGGGUCAGUUCGUCGUCUUUGAGGUGCUACGGGAUGUUGUCGUUGUCAUGAGUGCUUGUCCGCAGGACUUGGUCAGUGUUAAUAAUGGGUCGCCUACUGAGGCUCAUUUUGAGGUUUAUUGA